CGCCAUUUGUUUGGACGCGCUCCAGAACCGUUUCGCGUCGGAGCAGCUCUUCGCUUCGGAGUAAAAGGGUCCGGGGCUAUGCUUGGAGGAUAGCGCAACAAUGAGCUGAUUCCUACGAUCGGAGUUCUCGAGUAUCAUGCUACGAGGAGCAAUUACAGUUAUUUCGCGAACCGAUAGCAACGUACGGCCGCCUUGUUUUAACGGCGUUUGAACGAGUCGGAUCUCAUUCUGUUGAAGAAAAGGCGUUACGGAUAGACUAGAAUGUCUCUAAGCGCCAGCGCGGAGAAUCUGUCGUCCGAGGGACAACAGAAUAGCGAGAGAUGGAACAUGUGUCUGGAACUAGCGCUGGAGGGCGAACGCUUAUGCAAAGCUGGGGAUUGCAAAUCCGGGGUGGCGUUCUUCCAGGCAGCAAUCCAAGCUGGUACAGACGAUCUGCGAAUACUAAGUGCUAUCUACAGCCAACUGGGUAACGCGUACUUCUACUUGGGUGACUAUGUCAAAGCGAUGCAGUAUCACAAGUUAGACCUGACUCUCGCCAGGAAUAUGGGCGACAAACUGGGCGAAGCAAAAUCUAGUGGGAAUCUGGGAAACACACUGAAAGUUAUUGGAAAGUUUGACGAAGCCAUGAUAUGCUGCAAGAGGCAUCUGGAAAUAUCUAGAGAGAUUGGGGAUAAGCUUAGCGAGGGAAGAGCCCUGUAUAAUUUAGGAAAUGUGUAUCACGCGAAGGGCAAGCAAGCAGGUAGAAUAGGUCAUCAGGAUCCAGGAGAGUUCCCUGAAGAUGUUCGACAGUGCUUGCAACAGGCGGUGCGCUAUUAUGAAGAAAAUUUAGAGCUUAUGAGGGAACUGGAGGAUUCCGCUGCUCAAGGUAGAGCAUGCGGCAACUUGGGCAAUACAUUCUACUUACUGGGCGAUUUCCAACAGGCUAUUUAUUAUCACAAUGAACGUUUAAAAAUUGCCAGAGAAUUUGGCGACAAACCAGCGGAAAGAAGGGCCAACAGCAAUUUAGGAAAUUCGCACAUAUUUUUAGGCGAAUUUGAGAAGGCUGCACAGCAUUACAAGAGGACCUUAGUUCUUGCACAAGAAUUGGGAGAUCGUGAGGUAGAGGCGCAAGCAUGCUACUCUUUGGGAAACACGUAUACUCUCCUGCGCGAUUACUCGGCAGCCAUUGAAUACCACUUGUGGCAUCUGAGUAUAGCUCAGCAAUUGAAGGAUCGCGUCGGCGAAGGACGCGCCUGUUGGUCGCUGGGCAAUGCUUACGCCGCUAUGGGCAAUCAUGAGAAAGCGCUGCACUACUCGAAUCUGCAUCUGCACAUCUCGAAAGAGUUGGAAGAUCAAAUGGGCCAAGCUACUGCGCAAAUGAACGUCGAUGACUUACAAAAAAUCCUCGGUCUAGAAACAAAUCAACAGGAAUGCAACAAGGAGAAUCUAAACACCCAAAAAUUAACCACAAAUGCGACAUCGAAUGUUCCGACAACCAUGCCCUGUAGAUAUAGACUCAGGCGACAAAGUAUGGACAAUCUUGAUCUCAUUAAGCUCACACCUGAUGCAAAGCAGAAAGAUAAAUCGGAAAUCGUGUUGGACAAAGACGACAACGUUGCGCCGCAACCUUCUCAAAAAGAGGAAGAUAACUUUUUCGAUCUUCUAUCCCGGUUUCAAUCAGGCAGAAUGGAUGAUCAACGUUGCGCGCUCAACACAAAGCACAAUCCAAAAUACCGAACGAUUUCGCCGGAAGUAUCUGACAUCGAUGACAAGGAUGGUGAGGAUUUACUGGAAUUAAUCGCUGGAAUGCAAAGCAAACGAAUGGAUGAGCAAAGAGUGACGUUACCCUAUCUACCAGGGCUGAAUACCAAUCAAGACUCAGACGAUUCCUUUAUCGAGAUGCUUGUCAGAUGCCAGAGUUCGCGUCUAGAAGAUCAACGAAGUCCUUUACCUGCUGCAUCAACGUUGCAAGACGCUGAGGAGGAAAGAGGUCGAAGAGCUAAUGGAAAAACUCAAUCAGGAUCCACAGUGCCCGAAGAGGAUCUCUUCGCUCUAAUCCAAAGACUUCAAGCUGGUCGGAUGGAGGAUCAAAGGGCUUCCGGACCUGGCAAGGCAUGCUAAACUCGCGAGAGCAAACGAUGACUUAAGUCCUCACGAAGUCCUUCCAUUUACUGAAUUCUUUCAGCUUAUGUAUCCUCGAUUACAUCGAUGCCUUCGUUUAUUCAUCCGCGAUUCUGCUUCCUUGAUUACUUAAUAGAGGAUAACUGGUACUAUAUCUGAACGGUCUGGUUCUAAUUCGAAAAAACAAUGACUCAAAUUAUCUGGUUAUAAGAACCAAACACCAGAUUGAUUAAAUUUACAAUUAGUAAAGGCAAGAAAUUCAUGCGUCACUCAAAAAAUGAUCUUAGUAAGUAAAAUGUUAGCAGAAUAUUGACAAACUAGCAGCAGAUUUGAUCAAAAAUGUCAGUAGACUGACAUUAACUGCGAUUAAAUUCUGCUUUUAUCGACAGAAUAGCCAUCAGAAAUUGGUAGCACACUUUGCUCAAAAUCUGUCUUUGCAGACUUGGCUUUCUGGGAUUAUUUGCUAUUCUGUCACUGAAAAUAUGAUACAAACUGAAAGAUUUCACAUAGAUUUUACGUUUAACUCAAGAUACUUAGAAGAUACUUAUAAGAUAUUUGCUAAUCUUUAAUAUUUACUAUUUGGAAAACUAUUAUCUUCUUUUUUUUCAAAUAUGGAAAUAGUUGCAGAAAUGAAUUCGUUUUUGCAUUUAGACCUUCGAUUCCGUUCAGAUAGACUUAUUCAUUUACGUAGACUACCGCGUCUACAAUGGUGUAAUUGUUAAGUAAUUGAUACUCUCCUAAUCGAUAUUCUAUUCGGGAAAAGAGGAUUAGAUCUGAUCAAGGGCUCUAUUCUGUACACUUACCGAUAGUAGUGCUGUGCAGCUUUUUUCAUUAAUUCAUUCGAUGGCGCAACAUCCCAAAGUCGGGACAGGGCCUACCUCAUACUAGUAGUAUGUCCGUGGUGCGUAUGCAAGUUAUACACAGAUAUACAGAACUUACGAUUUAACGCCAGUUCCGAACGACAGUUUGAUAGGUUUUCGUCAACAGAUACUCUUGAUAGUUUGCCAGACCACCGAAGAGGAGUAAUAAGCGCGUGAGAAUUUCUUGGAUCUGCCGGGGAUCAAAUCCGAGUCCCCUAGCAUAAUAGAGUCGCGCGGUGUCCACCAUGUAGCUGCGCAGUUUUUUUACUAUACAAAAUAUUUGCGCAACGACACAUAACGACACUGACAGCUAUCAGUAGACAUGUAUAAAAUAAGAUCCCAGGUCAAAUUAAAAUUAUAUCUUGACAGAUCAAAUUAUAUCUAUUCAGAUAUGCUCAGGUAUACAGACUUCUCAUAUCUGCGCGGAUCUGAUCACGCAGAUAUGUUCAUAUACAACCAUAUGGAGUAUACAUCAUCUAUUGACCAGAUAUGUCACACUUAUAUAUGUAUUAACAUUCAGUGUUCGUGAAUCAUCAAAGUAGUAGUUCCCAUAUGAUCAUAGAGAUCAAGUAAUACUGGAUAUGGUACAGCUUAUACUGAAUGAUCACUUGAGAGCACCAUAAAAUUAAUUACUGCGAAUUUAAA